GCCCUGCAGGGUGCUCUGUGCCGCUGCCCUGCCUGGGAACAGCCGGGUCAGCGUCAGGGCUCCCUCCUAUUGGCUGGGCACCCUGGGGGAGCCCUGUCCCCCGGGCACAGGGCCGCCAGCACACAGCUCCCCAGCCCGAGAGCCGCGCCUGCCCCUCGCCUGGUCCCGCUCUCGCUGCCCGGUGCCAGCAGAGGCCAUGGCCGGAGGACGGGGCAUCCCGCUGGCGCUGCUGGCUGUGCUGACCCUGCAGGGCGCGGGGGCUGUGAAAGUGGGGAACGUGAUGGUCCAGGCUGAAUUCCACCAGCGGGAUGAGAGGGUGAAGCAGGAGAGCGACCAGUUUGUAUUUGACUUUGAUGGGAACGAGAUGUUCCACGUGGACCUGCAGAAGAAAGAGACCAUCUGGCGCCUGCCCGAGUUCGGGAACUUCGCCCGCUUCGAGGCGCAGGGAGCGCUGCAGACCUUGGCUGCCGUCAAACACAACUUGGAGUUCGCCAUACAAAAUUUCAACCGCUCACAGGCAGCCAUCGAUCCACCCCAGGUGACGGUGUUCUCCGAGGACCCUGUGGAGCUGGAGGACCCCAACCUCCUGAUCUGCUACGUGGACAAGUUCUGGCCACCCGUGAUCUCCAUCACGUGGCUGAAGAACGGGCAGGAGGUGAAGGACGGCGUCGUUGAGUCCGUGUUCUACCGAGGGCAGGACCAGACCUUCCGCAAGUUCUCCUACCUGCCCUUCGUCCCCAUCCGGGGGGAUUUCUACGACUGCCGCGUGCAGCAUGAGGGGCUGCCCGCCGCCCUCCUGAAGCACUGGGAGCCUCAGGUGUCCCUCCCCGCUUCCGAGAGCACCGAGACCCUGGUGUGCGCCCUGGGCCUGGCCGUGGGCAUCGUCGGCAUCAUCGUGGGCACCAUCCUCAUCAUCAAGGCCAUGAAGAUGAACAGCGCCCGCAACCAGCGGGGCCUCUUGUGAGGGGGCAGAGCUCAGUGCUCCCUGCCUCCCCCCAGCCGGACCCUCCGCACCCGCAGCCAUCCUUGCCUCAGCCUGGCUGGAGCAUCUCAUCCCAGUGCCCCCUAUCCCCGCCCCACCUCUUCAGCACCCCUUUCUCCACACCACAUGCAGACAUGCUGGAGACGGCUCCAGAGCCAGACUCGGCAGGGGCCCAUCCCCACAGGAGGCUGGGCUGCUUCCCGUGGCUGGGGUGAGCCGCCAUGGCACCUAGAACUGCUCCGACACACCCUCUGCCAUGGGAAGCUGUUGCAGAACCCGAGUGCCUGCACUGGUCCCAGUAUCAAGCCCGCGCUGCCGCAGUGCUGGGGCCGCCCUUCCCACAGCCGCUGGCCCCAGGGCCAUCUCCAGCUGGGGACGUGGCACCUCCUCCCAGCCCAGAUGGGGGGUCUGACAGACCCCUGAAGGGAGGGGAGGUGUGCCCUGCUCUGUAGCUCCCCCUCGGUGCACAGUCCUCUACCCUCCGCUCCUGCUCUGCUGCUUUGGCACCACAAUAAAUUGGGUUGGGAUUGAUCCCUGCCGUGCAACCCUCA